CCAACACGUGACAAAACAUCUGCAAGUUAAUUUUUGAUAGGACUAAAUGUCAACCAAAUUUGAUGCUUGAAAAAAUCAAAGAACAAAAGAUUGGCUUCAAGCUAAUUUUUGCUGCCUUCUCAAGACUGAUAUUGUUGCAGUUACCUACAGACAUGUAAUUCAUGAGCAUGUUUUUCUUGUAAUUCUAAAAAUUAUUGCAUCCAGUAAAUCUGCAGUAUUUUAUUUGCUGCUGAAUCCUUCUCUGUGUUCCUGCAAAACAAGAAAGAAUUUAUUGAAACAGCAUAUUUGUGAAAUUAUGAUCAACCACGUAUCUGCAAAUCUCAGUUUUUAGCAAAAAUAACUUUACUUGUUUCAUUCAUUAGAAAAUAAAGAAAUACAUCAUUUUAAUGAUCUUUAUGUCUUCAAGUAAACUUUUUAAAAGUAACAGAAUUAGUUUUUUCCUAUUUAAUUAGCAAGAACUGUAUACAGAAAUAAUGAAAACCUGAAGAAAAUUCACAAGAAAUUAUUAAUUCUGUGUAAACUACUUUUAUGCCAAAAAUAACAGCUCCGCCGUACGAGAUAAUAAAAUUUGCUGUGUGCUGAAUGAUCAGUUAUAAACAAUAAUAAACUGAAGACAAAGAACAAAAGAAAAUGAAUAACUAAUUCAUCAUGAUAAAUCUUAAGAAUCUCAUAAAUCACAACUUAAGUUUCCUGAAUGAAACACGGAUUAGAAAAUCUGAUUGUUUGGUUGAUUAAAUAUUCUAGAUCACUUUAGCUCUCAUGUUCUGCUUGAACUAUCUCCUGAACUUUAUCCUGUCAUAUAGCAUUUUAAAUUUUGAUGUAUAGUGCUAUUACUACUUUCCAAAGCUCUCCGAUGAGGAUCACAUAUCAUAAUUAUUUAAAUGUGAUGGAUGAAUCUUUAAUUAUCGUAAAAGUCAUCAUUGAUACUUAAGUCAAUUUAUUAAAUCCUUGUAUAUAGGACAAUUCAAGUAUAUUUACAAGUCAGAAAAUAUAUUUGGAGUGAUAUGUGUUAUAUUGUUAACGACUGAAAAAUUGGAAGCAUGUUAGAGAAUGAGCAAUUUUUGCGAGGUUUAUAUUUAUUUCGCUAGAUAGACUUUUAUGGAUAUUAUGAAGCUUGAGUGAGUAAAAGAUAUUGUGCAGGUAUAUAUAAAAUACCAUUUUGAGUCAGUGAGCGUUCAGUGAAAACGCUUUCAAAGAUUUUGAUACAAAGAUAAACUAUACCUGAGGUGUUAAAAAUCUCCAUAUUUUUAAAAGAUGAAACUAAAUGCAUAAAACAAACAUUCGGUAUAAGACAGAGUUAUAUAUAAUUUGCAUAAUAAGAACUAUCACUGCUAUUCAAUAAAAAUACUUAACGAGUAUGACGAUAAAAGAUCUCCACAGAGUUCAUGGCAUUGUAAAAUAGUAUUUUCUGCCAUAAAUUAAACAAAAAAAAAUUAUUAAUCUGGGUGGCUAUAUUUUAUGAAGGGGAUAAAUAGACUGGAUACGUUUUGAAUUAUAAUGCUAUGUAAUUAAGGGUCCAGUCUAUUCUUUAAUAGCACAGUAUUUACUAAUAGACCUUUAGUGCUACAAAUAGCAAUACUCUUUUUCCACGUUAAGGAUUAGUAUCGUAUUAUUACUAUUAUUCUAGUAUUUCAAUUUAUUGUUUCCUCUAAGAAGCAAUUUUUUAAACUAGUAGAAAAUUUAAGGCUAUUCGGAAUAGUUCUGAAUCUCUCUGUUCAUACGUGCUCCCUUUGCACAAGGAUAGAUUUCGUUAUCGUUUUAAGAGCUUUAAGAGGUAAUGUAGCUGCAUAAUGCAUAAAAUAUAAAGGAAAAAAUAUUUACGUAACAACUUCCGAAACAUGAAUUUAGUUAGACUGAAAAAUUACAUCUUUCUUUAGGUUUGUUCGUAUUUUAUUCAUUUUGGAAGGUGGGAAAACGUUUAUUUCCUCAUCAUGCGCCAGUAAUCAUAACAGGCAAUAUUUUUCUUUGUGCAACUUUCAACAAGAAGCUUCCACUAUGCCAUGCUGGCCUAUUCUCCCUCCAACAUGAGUGGAAACGGUCGUGUGCUUUACAAAAGUGCCACUUGGAUUAUGAUCACCGCGCUAAUUAUGAUUCCAUCUUCUACUGAAGAUAACAUUAAUUACUUCAAUAAUUCACUGUCCGCCGGUUAUGACGGUGGUGGCAUCGUUAGUCCAUACCAUAAUGUCACUGUCUACCCUGAAGGUGCUGUCUGGAAUGCAGAACUUAUCCAGCGAGUUGUGACGUUGGCUAUCAUCAUGACUGCAACCUUAGUGGGUAAUACGAUCAUAGUUCUGGUGUUAUCUCGAUCAAGAUAUCGAAAGAGAUCGUCAAGAGUUAAUAUCUUCAUUCUCAAUUUAGCUAUUGGAGAUCUUGCUGUUUGCUUCAUAACUAUGACAUCAGAGCUACUUUUUGAGGUUUUCGGAGAAUGGAUAUUGGGUGCUGCAGCGUGUAAGGCUAUAGUGUAUGGCCAGAUAGUUACCCUUGCAAGUACAACAUUCAUUUUGACUACUAUGAGUUAUGAUCGAUACCAGGCUAUAUGCUCUCCACUCCACAGCACAGGAGGAGUGAAACAAGCAAAGAGAAUGAUUGCUGCGUCCUGGCUGCUAGCUUUCAUCUUUGCUAUUCCUCAGAUAUUUAUAUUCGUACAGGAUAUCGCAGGCAAUAUUCAUUGCUUAAAUGAUGUAGGGAAUGCCGAUGAUGAGAGAUGCAAUAAUGAGCAUUGUAGUAGAGUUUGUAUGGCUGGAAAAAGAGAUAGAGAAGCCUUGUUUCCUCCCUGUGAAGUGAAAGAUGAAGAAAAUGUUUAA